AUGGUAGCAACUGGGAACAAGGGCAGUGUAGAACAGAGACGAAGCAAAGAAAGGAAGGAGUGUGAAGGGAGAGAAGGAAAGAAGGAGCUGAUAAGUUUGAAAAAGAGGAGGUAUGGGAAGAACACAGAUAAAGAGGAGAGGGGAGAGAGGCAGUGGUGGCAGCUGCAGGUCAAACGUGUCACUGUGGGUUGUCUCCUGAUCUGUGUAACUCUGCUCUACGCUCUUUCAACAGUACAGAUCAACUUCACUCCAACAGAGCUUCCAGUGCCUCUCUCCUGUGCUCCCCCACCAGACCAGCACAGCACCCAGCCACACACAAACAUCUCACAGCCAGACAAUAACACCUGUGUUCCUAAAGUAGACUUCAUGUUUAUGAAGACCCAUAAAACAGCCAGCAGCACCUUCCUCAACAUCCUGUUCCGCUUUGGAGAGAAGCACAAACUCAAAUUUGCCUUCCCUAACAGCCGGAACGACUUCUUCUACCCCUCACCUUUUCAGCGCACGUACGUUCAAGGCUAUGAAUCUGGAAUGUGUUUUAACAUCAUGUGUAACCACAUGCGAUUCAAUGCAACCGAGGUGGCCAGGGUGCUGCCUCGAGACUCUCUCUACAUCACAAUAUUGCGAGAUCCAGCAGAGCUCUUUGAGUCAGCCUUUCAUUACUUUGGUCACAUCGUUCCUCUGACCUGGAGGAUACCAGGUGAGGAUAAGAUGACUGAGUUCCUGCGGGAUCCUGAUCAGUACUUCAGCCCAGAUGGAAUUAACUCCUUCUACCUGAAGAACCUGCUGUUCUUUGACUUUGGGCAGGACAACACUCUGGAUCCAGACGACCCGCGUGUUGAGGAGGCCAUCAAGGUCAUCGCUGAGCGUUUUCACUUAGUCAUGCUAGUGGAGCACUUUGAGGAAUCACUCAUCCUGCUUCGGGAUGCUCUCUGUUGGGAGACGGACGACAUCCUCUUCUUUAAACUCAACUCUCGUAAGGAAUCCACCGUAUCUAAACUGACUCCUGAGCUCAGGACGAAGGCCCUGCAGUGGAAUAGCAUUGACUGGAAGCUGUAUAAACAUUUUAAUUCAACCUUUUGGGAGAAGGUGGAGGUUUAUGGAAGACAACGUAUGGCAGAGGAUGUCGCAGAACUAAAGAGGAGGAACACAGAAAUUGCGAAGAUCUGCAUUGAGGGAGGUCACUCCGUCGAGGCUGGAAGCAUUCAUGAGGAGGCCAUGCUGCCGUGGCAACCCAUCGGGGAGAAGUCAAUAGAAGGAUACAAUAUGAACAAAAAUGUAGACAAAGCCCAUCAGGAGUUAUGCCGAAAGAUGUUAACCCAAGAAAUUCAAUAUUUGACAGACUUGGGGGCUAACCUGUGGGUCACUAAGCUGUGGGGACAUGUGAGGAAUAUCAUCAACUGGUGAUGAGACACAAGAGACGCAAGAGCUGAAUGCAUUUGAGAGCGGUGGUUUCAGUUUUUCAGAAUAGUUAUUCACCUUUGCCCCAUGUUACCACACCUGUUUUUAUGGCCUGACAUCAGAAGUGUAGUUAUAUUACUUCUCUUGUAUAUGUUUUUAUUGUAGUGUGGGAUUUUAAAACAACACACAGGUGUUAAUAUCAUCCAGUGCAGAGCUGAAGUUGUACCAGUAGCACGAAACACAAUCUACACUUUGAGAUAUUU